AUGCUUACAAUUAAUAAUGAUAUUAAUUACGAAUAUUCUGGUCCAUAUGAAGCUUGUAGUGAAGAUUUAAUUAAAGGAUUGAUAUGCAUUUUUGAAAAAAUCAAUAAUAGUAUCACUACUGAGACAAUUUUAUCAACAAAAUUAAGAUCAGAACGAAGUGGUAACAAUAAUGAUGAUGAUACAUUUGAUGAUAGUGAAGAUUUAGAUGAAACAUUUAGUGACAAUAAUAACAAUAAUCAAGGUGUAAACUUAGACAUUGGUUCUGGGCAAAUUAAUAAUGAUGACAAUGGGAAAAAAUAUCAAUUUAAUAAUGUUUUAAGUCAACAGCCAGAUUGUUCAUCAUGGAUUGACCGUAUCUUAUACCUUAGUGACAUUAAUUGA